CUUAAGGGCUCCAGUUUUGAUAGAUUUUCCCCUCCCUUUGCCAAUAAGCAAUCCUCAUUCCAACCAGGGACUGCUGUUGAAAUCCGUCCAGAUUUUCGGCUGACCUUCUGUUCUUGCUCCCCCCCCCCUUUGAAGAGAUUGUAUAUAUCUAUUUUUUCCCCUUCCCCUGCUGUGUGCUCAAUGGGGGGAAACGGCCCCCCAGACUGCCCGGGAAGGGUUUCCCCCCACCACCUUUUCGCUUGGCAAUUAGAGUAGUGAAUCUUCUGCAAAAAAAACCCCCAAACCCCCGAAUUAAAUAGAUUUUUUUUCUUUCUGUUUUUUUUUUUUAAAAAAAAAAUCCUAUUUCACUGGAGGCUCUUUUGGUUUCCUGUUUUUUUUAAAAAAUAAUUUGGCGGUUGAGCUGACAAAAGGAAAAGGGUUUCUCUGCCCCCCCACCAUCAUUUUUAGGGGUGGGGGGGAAUCCCCCAGGAUGUAUUCUCAAGGACGGCAUGCUACUUCUCUUCAGCCUGGGCAACCCUUCAAAUUUUCCGUUUUAGAAAUCUGUGACCGGAUUAAAGAAGAAUUCCAUUUCCUCCAAGCUCAAUAUCACAGCCUGAAGCUGGAAUGUGAAAAGCUGGCAAGUGAGAAGACGGAGAUGCAGCGGCAUUAUGUGAUGUAUUACGAAAUGUCCUAUGGCUUGAAUAUUGAAAUGCAUAAGCAGGCUGAGAUCGUAAAGCGGCUAAGUGCCAUCUGUGCCCAGAUCAUCCCUUUUCUGACCCAAGAGCAUCAACAGCAGGUCCUGCAGGCCAUGGAGCGGGCCAAGCAAGUGACGAUGGGAGAGCUAAAUAGUAUUAUUGGGCAGCAGCAGCUCCAGCACCUUUCCCAUCAUGCCCCUCCAAUCCCAUUGACUCCUCACCCUUCGGGCUCACAGGCCUCCACCUUGGCUAGCGUCAGCAGCACCUCUGGCUUGCUGGCUCUCUCCGGCAUGCUGGCGGCUCAGUCCCAGCUGACUUCGAAGGACGAAAGAGGGCCUCCGGACCCCGAGAACAACCGAGAACUCCCUUCAAGCCGGAGCAAUUCUGCGUCUCCCCCCGAGAGCCCGCCAGAAGAAGGACAGCUGGACGGUGCAGCGUCGAAGCACAAGCCGGAGGCGAAGGAGGAGGCAGCGCAUUAUGAGAGCGAUGGGGAGCGAAGCGAUUACAACCUGGUCGUUGAUGAGGAUCCUCCUUCGGAGCACGAUAUUCCUGCCUGCGCAUCUGCAGCCAAGCGCCUGCCUGGCCAGAGGGACGUCCCCGACAGCCCAGCCUCUCUGGCAUCCACGCGGAGUGCCACCCCACUGAGAGUGAAGGAUUCUAAUGUAGUAAGCUGGACUUUAGGAUUGGUCUGGAACCUUAAAUGGGUGGCUCACCAGAACAGCGAAACGUGCCCCCCCUCCCGCCCCCCACCCCCAGCCCGGAGAAGGGUUUCUUGAUCCUCCAGCAAGCAGAAAAAUAGGACUUCUAAAUAAAUCAUGGAGGAACCCCCGUCCCCUCCCAAGUGGCCCAGCAUGUUCUUG